UGACUGGUAUAAGUUGAAUGGUAGCUAGGGGACGACACAGGAGAGGAGAGGAAACGAAGGAGAUGGCGGGACCGAUCGGAGUAGCGGCUGCACCGUUUACGUACGCUUCACACUUUCUCGGAGUGGCGGCGGCGGUGCUUGUUCUCGUUUGGUGCAUCAACUUCCGCGGCGGCCUCGCCUUUGAGGCGGUCAACAAAAACCUCAUCUUUAACCUUCACCCAGUUUUUAUGCUCAUUGGUUUUAUAGCCGUUGGUGGUGAAGCAAUAAUAAGCUAUAAGGUUCUUCCCUGGAGCAAAGAAGUUAGGAAGCUUAUCCAUUUGAUCCUUCAUGCAAUAGCAAUUGGUCUGGGUGUGCUGGGAAUCUGGGCUGCAUUCAAGUUCCAUAAUGACAGUGGAAUUGCUAAUUUGUAUAGCCUUCAUUCCUGGGUUGGUCUUGGUACCAUCGUCUUAUACGGCAUUCAAUGGAUCUAUGGGUUUGUGACAUUCUAUUAUCCUGGCGCGGCUGCUGGACUGAGGAGUUCUUCACUCCCAUGGCAUGUUUUGUUUGGGCUCUUCGUCUACAUAUUAGGCGUGGCUACUGCAGAGUUGGGAUUCUUGGAGAAGCUCACUUUCCUUCAGAAUAGCGGCCUUGCAAAAUACGGUACUGAAGCCUUCUUAGUUAACUUCACGGCUCUAGUUGUCAUUUUACUGGGAGCUUCUGUGGUAAUCUCUGCCAUUGCUCCAGCAAAAGUUCGUGAACCGAAAGGCUAUGUUCGCAUAGAAGAGAGCUGAUAUGCUAAAAGAGAAGAAUUUUGCUUUCCAAAUAGCCUGCAAACCGGUUUGGCAUUGACGACUAUUUGGUAAGCAGAAUUAGUUAGCAAAGAUCAAAGGACUAUUUUAGAGUCUAUGGAAUAAUUUCAAACUUAUUAUUAGUGGCGUGCUAUGAUAUGUUCAGUGUAGAAUCUUUAUGUUAAUUAAUGUCUUUGUUAUAUGUUUUCGAAGUUCUAAAGCAAUCAAUAUAGCUUGUGUGAAGCA